AUGGAUUUUACCACUGCAUCAAGUUAUAAUUGUUUAACACUUGAAAUCACACAUAAAUUCAUAAGGCUACAUUCUAUCUUGGAUAUAACCUAUGAAAUAUAUCUUGAUGCUGUAUCAAAAAAUAUUGUACAUUUAGAACUGAAAAAAAUAUAG